ACAGAAUCAAAAAAAUUCAGAGUAGACUAUUUUGAUCAGAUAGUUUGAGCUGUAACAUUAAUCUAACUUUCCUCAACUCAAGAUGAUUCAAUGGACUUCAAUUUUCUGCUUUUUAGCAUUGUGUGCCACCUUAACAUACGCCGAUAUCGGAGGUGCUGUUGCUGGUAAAGUGAGCAAAUGUGCUGCAUUAGCAAACGAAGCAAAGGCCAAAAUGGCAGAUGCUAAAGCUGAUGGUAAUCAAGCAAUGUGUGCCGCAAGCAAAUCGGCUGAGAUGAUCAUGGAUGCCUUCAAGGGAACAGAACUGGAGAAAAGCUGUACACCAGAUUGUGAAAAAGUCAUGACCAUGGCCAAAGAGGAUGAAGAAGAAGCCAAAAAGACUUUCGCCGAGGAAAAGGAACAAUUGUCCAUGAAAGAGUGGGAACAGAAGAUGCAAAAGAAACAUGAAGAAAUGAAGAAAAGCAACCCUGACAAAGUGAAGGCGUACGAAGCUGAAUCCAAGAAGUGUCAAGAUUGUGGAAAGAAACACUUAGCAGAAAUUGAAAAGAAAUGCGAAGAAAUGAAAGCAGACGCUAUGGUUAAAACUGUGAGAUCCACUUGUGGUUUUUAAAACAAUCAAUACAAUCACAAUGUGUUUAUUUUUGUAAUCAACUUUCUUGUUGUUACAUAUUUAAAAUGUUAAAUUGCUUGACAUUAAUUGAAACUUUCAAGAUUAAUGAAAACUACAGUUGAAAAACCAGAUUUUUUGUUGCUAUUUCAGCAUGUUUAUAUAAUUGUUGAUUUAAUUGGAAUCAAUUUAUCCAUACAAUAAAAUUUUGUUUUCAUUUGCA